AUGCCCAGGGAGAGCUUGGAGAACUUCAGGAAGAAUGCCUGUCAGAGAAGGCUUUCCCAGAAAAAAGGCUCUCUUGACCCUAAAUUAGAAAAGUACAGAGACACUAAUGAUGAGCUAGCUUCGGAGGGAGAAGCUCAUUUAGAAAAAGAGGCUGCCAAAUAUUAUGAUGGGAUUGGCUUCCUUGCACACCUUCUGCUCCACCUAGGGCCUUUACUGAAGGAGAUGCUGCAGAUGGAUAUGCAAGUACAUAAACUAGAGUUGGAAAUUAAGCUGCAGAAAUUGACUAAUGAGCUACAGGAUCUAACAAAGUCGGGCGUCAGCAGUUUAUGCGGCCCGCACGCCACCGCCCUCCCCCACCCUCCCCUCCGCCAGCCCCGGGAGGCCGCUGCCUGGCGCGGGGACACGGCCGCGAGGCGCUGCCCGGUGAGGAGCAGCUCGCGGAGCGUGAGGGUGGCGCGGCCUGGGCCCGGGGUGCAGGGGCGCAGACCCGCCGUGCCCGUCCCCCGCCGAUUGCCCGGGCCAGCCGCUGCGGGAGGGGCCGAGCGCCCGGGUCGCCGAGAAGUCGCCGUCGCCAUUCGCACCAGUUGCCUGCGCGGCCAUCUCGGUCAGCCUCGGAGAACGUGGACGGCUUCACCUGAUCGGUGCGCAAGUCGUAGAGGCAGAAGCGCUCUCAAGGCUUGUCGCAGUUCCACAGCCAGGGCAGCCAGGCUGAGCUGCACCCCUCUGCCCCAGCUCAAAGAUACCACUUCAAAUGAACAGCAAGAGCUUUUCUGCCAGAAGCUACAACAAUGCUGUCUACUGUUUGAUUUCAUGGACUCUGUUUCAGACUUGAAGAGCAAAGAAAUUAAAAGAGCAACACUGAAUGAACUGGUUGAGUAUGUUUCAACUAAUCGUGGUGUAAUUGUUGAAUUAGCGUAUUCUGAUACAGUAAAAAUGAUCAGUGCUAACAUCUUCCGGACACUUCCUCCAAGUGAUAAUCCAGAUUUUGACCCGGAAGAGGAUUAUUCUGCCUGUUGAAUAUGAACAGUUGAAAAAUAUUAACAUCACAUUAUACAAACAAACAAACAUCUUCCAUUCAAAUUUUGAAGCCUAGAAUUUAACAAGGAUAAAACUAUAAAAUUUGAAUCUUGUAAAAACUGCUAACUUGUAAACUUUGAAAGAUAACUUAAGAUGUGCACACCAGUCACAUUACAAAUAAUCAAAUUCUUUAAUGUGUUCAGAACUAUGGUUGUACUCAUGCUAAGUACAAAUACAAUUCAUUUGCAGAAACAACGCUUGGUAGAAGAGGCCAAUUUAUAUCUACCUUUAUAUAGACUUCUGUAUAUGUUGUCAACUAAAAACAAGUAAAUAAUGGCCCUCAAACACCUCAGAGAUCGGAGGAAUAUAGCAUUUAAAAGGUUUAAUAAACAAAGCUUUAAAUAAACAAAUGGCAGAACUUAGCAGCAUCCCCAAGAUCGUAUCCAACUGUGGAAAUGCUAACCACUGGGAAAGGAACUGGCCCUAUGUCUCAAGUACUACCAGGACCUUGCACAAAAUGUGGACAAGUAUUAAUCCUGAGAUUCACAAGAGAAAAACCAGUUCCAUGACUUUGAGCCAAAUUUGAAGCAAGCAUUAAUUACUGACCAGGAUGGACUCUGGUUAGGUCUACUCUCUGGGACUCCCAGCAAGUGGUGAUGAGGCAUGUCCUGUAGAGUCUUUUCCUUCUGACCUAGCAUUUCAGUUUGUCAGGGGACAAGGAAUGAUGUGUUCCCUUCUGUAACUAUUUCUAGUAUAUCAUUGUCAGUGCCCAGGAAAGCUGAAAAGAUAGGCAAAGGCUAGGGAAUGGGCCAAACAUCUGGCGAGCUGAUCCAGCUGAAGAGAAAGUGUAGAGAGCUCUUGAGGCCUCUUCAGGAAUUUGGCAAGAAUAUUUACAUUGGACUAGGGCAUGGCUAAAAAUUACUACAGCUAAAGAAUAUAUUCUUUGUGUCUUGAUCAUUUUGGUAAGUCCCUGAAUAUAGUAAUCAUUGGACCUUU